CGCUGCCGCAGUCGGCGCCGCGCGCACGGCAAACGCCCGCGCGCGUCCCCCAGCGCCACCGGCAGCCCGCUCCUCUCAUGCUGGCCGGCUAGGCAUGCGCUGAAGUGAGCGUCGACAGCCGAAGUGAUCAUGGAGCGCGUCAGAGCGCCCCUGCUGCUGCUCGGGCUGCUAGUUGGAGUUUUAUCCUGCGUAGUUGUACUGGCCGAGCCGCAGCAGCAGCAGCAACAGUAUUCGCCGCAGCGCCGCGGCGACAACUACGGCUACGGCUUUUACCAGACAAGGGACGGCCAGACGGACAUUGAGCCGCGGCCGCUAGGCGACCGUCGGUGCGGCGCCGGCGGCUGCGGUGCCGGCGGCUGCAAAUGCGUCGGCGAGAAGGGCAGCAGGGGAGCGCCGGGAGCCCAGGGGCCCUCUGGCGUCAAGGGCCAGCAGGGAUUCCCCGGCAUGGAGGGCCUGCCCGGCCCGAAGGGAGACAAAGGAUCCGGCGGUCCGCAGGGACCCAGGGGUCUGCAGGGAGAUCGGGGCAAGAUGGGCAUGCCUGGCUUCCCCGGCAUCAACGGCAUCCCAGGCCUGCCAGGCGGUCCCGGUCCGCGAGGCUUCCCUGGACUGGACGGCUGCAACGGCACCGACGGACCGCCCGGCUUCCCCGGCACCCCAGGCCCGGCCGGACCUCCGGGCUUCCCUGGCGUACCAGGAACUAAAGGCAACAAGGGCGAGGCGGCACGCCUGCCGGGACCGGACGUGAGAGGUCAGAAGGGCGAGCCGGGCCGUGACGGCAGCCGCGGCGUGCCCGGCCAGCCCGGCGACAUCGGCUUCCCCGGCGAGAAGGGCGACCGGGGACCUCGCGGCCCAGCUGGUGUGUCGGGUCGACCCGGCGUGUCCGGCCAGAAGGGCGAGAUGGGCCUCGGCCUGGUGGGGCCGCCCGGCGAGAAGGGGGAGUCGGGGCCGCCGGGGCCGCCCGGCUUCCGGCCCGGUCCCGAGCAGGUCGGGCCCAACUGCAGCACGAUCGAGGUGCUGCCCGGCCCCCGGGGCGAGCGGGGCAGCAAGGGAGACAAGGGCAUGGCAGGGCCACCCGGACCGGCGGGCAACAACGGACUGCCUGGCCUGCCCGGUGACACGGGCAUGAAGGGCGAGAAAGGACUGAGCGGACUGCCCGGACCUCGGGGUCGCGACGGCCAGUUCGGCCCGCCAGGGCCGCAGGGCUUCAAGGGUGACCAGGGCGUGCCCGGCCUCGACGGCCAGGACGGCUUCCCCGGCCAGAAGGGAGGUCCGGGCCCGGCCGGCCAGGACGGCGUGAGGGGCCUGCCGGGCCCGCGCGGCGCACCCGGCGGCGGUCCCGGUGGUCCGCCCGGAGACAAGGGCGUGCCCGGCUUCCCAGGCAGUCCCGGACCCAGAGGCGAGGACGGUCGUCCGGGCAUUCCUGGAGCGAGAGGACCGGAGGGGCCAGCCGGCGGCAUCGGUCUGCCCGGCCUGCCUGGUCCCGAGGGACUGCCCGGCGUCAAGGGCGACACGGGGCCGGCUGGACUGGACGGUCUGCCCGGUCCGAUCGGCCCGCCCGGCCUGCCCGGCCAACGGGGCCCGGCCGGCCGGCCCGGCGCGCCCGGCGAGAAGGGCGUCUCCAUCGAGGGGGCGCCCGGUCUGGACGGCGCGCCCGGCCGCGACGGCCAGCCGGGUCAGAAGGGCGAGCGCGGCUACACGGGACCGCCGGGCGCGCCCGGCGACACCAUUGACGGCAUCCCAGGCCGGACCGGUCUGCCCGGCCGGCCGGGGGAGAAGGGUCGCGACGGCCAGUCGGGCCGGCCUGGCAUCCCCGGCUUGCCCGGCUUCAAGGGCGAGGCCGGCCGCCAGUGCGACCAGUGCCUGCAGUGUCCGGUCGGCGAGAAGGGUGAGCCGGGCCUGGACGGCCUGCCCGGGCCGGCUGGCCUGCGUGGACCGGAGGGCCCGCCGGGCCUGGCCGGAGCGCCCGGCGAGGAUGGAUUGCCAGGACCCAUGGGACUCCCCGGCAAGGAGGGUGAAUCAGGCGUCCCCGGCCUGGCAGGCCUGAAGGGAGCUAAGGGCGAAGACGCCUUCGUGCCGCCGGAUUUGAUUCGUGGCCCCAAGGGCGCCAAGGGUGACAGGGGCCUGCCCGGCCUGCCGGGCCAGGAGGGCCGGCCGGGCCAGUCGGGCCGCCCCGGCCAACCGGGCCCGUCCGGCUUGCCCGGCGUCAAGGGUGACAAGGGCAGCCGCGGCUUCCCGGGCGACCGCGGUCGUGACGGCAUACCGGGCGCGGACGGUCUGCCCGGCCUGAGCAUCAAGGGCGAGCCGGGCCAGCCCGGCGACAGCGGCCAGCCUGGACUGCCCGGCAGGCAGGGACUGCCCGGCCGCAAGGGCGAGCCAGGCCGAUUUGACACGGCAGCGCCGCAAACGAUCGGACCGAAGGGCCGCAAGGGCGAGCGAGGCUUCGACGGACCGCCCGGCCUUCCCGGCCUGAAGGGCGACAAGGGCGAGCGCGGUCUGACUGGCAGGGACGGUGAACCGGGUCCGGCCGGGCCGGCCGGGCCGCGCGGCCCACGCGGUCUGCCCGGGCCCCGCGGCGAGAAGGGCGUACUGGGGCCGGACGGCUCGUCCGGCCGGCCCGGCCAGGACGGCCUGCCCGGUCUGGCCGGCGAACCGGGCGAGCGCGGCUUCAAGGGCGAAGCCGGCCUGCCUAUGCCCGGUCCACCCGGUCAGCCAGGACUGCCCGGCCGCAAGGGCGAGACGGGCCCCUCCGGUGGGUCCGGUCUGCCCGGCCAGCCGGGCGACGCUGGUCCGCCCGGCUUCCCCGGCCUGAAGGGCGACGCUGGCGUCCCCGGAUUGUCUGGCCUGCCCGGACUGGACGGCGAGAAGGGCAACCCUGGAUUCCCGGGCCCGGAGGGCACGCAGGGAGUGGCCGGACCACCCGGCAGCGACGGACCUAAAGGCGAGCCCGGGCUGAGGGGUGACGACGGCCGGCCGGGCCUGCCCGGCUUCCCCGGACCGAAGGGCCAGGCAGGUCAGCCUGGACUGCCCGGCAUAAAGGGUCUGCCCGGCCGCGACGGCCUGGACGGCGCCUCCGGUCUGCCAGGACAGGAUGGACUGCCCGGGCUGCCCGGAACGAAGGGCGAAGCCGGCUUCCCGGGUCCGGUCGGACCAGCCGGAGAGCCGGGCCAGCCGGGUCUGGACGGCCUGCCAGGCAUCAAGGGUGACCCGGGCCGGUCCGGCCUGCCCGGCCAGCCCGGCCAGCGCGGCCUGCCCGGCAGCAAGGGCGAGAUGGGUCUGCCCGGCUUCCCCGGGGCCAAGGGCGUGCCUGGACGCGUCUCCGAGAAGGGCGAGCGUGGCGUGCGCGGCCUGCCGGGCGCGCGCGGCCCGCCCGGCCUCGAUGGUCUGCCCGGCGGCCCCGGACGCGACGGCGACAAGGGCAACGCGGGCUUUGGCACGCCAGGCCUGCCGGGCCUAAAGGGCGAGCGCGGACCGCAGGGUCUGCCUGGCCUGGACGGCAGACCCGGGCAGAAGGGAGACGCCGGGCUGCCCGGCUUCCCCGGACAGAAGGGAGAUCGCGGCUUGGACGGACAGCCAGGAACGCCCGGAGCGCCUGGCCUGGACGGCGCGCCGGGCUUGAAGGGGGAGGGAGGACCGGCCGGCCUGCCCGGUCGUCCCGGCCUGCCCGGCCUCAAGGGCGGCAUCGGCUUCCCCGGACUGGAUGGAGAGAAGGGCGAGCCCGGGCCAGAGGGACCCAGUGGCCAGCCGGGUCUGCCCGGACUGGACGGCGCGAAGGGAGAGGCUGGCCUUCCCGGACAGCCGGGCGUGCCCGGUUUGAAGGGAGGCCGUGGUCUGGACGGCCUCAAGGGCCAGACGGGCGAGCCGGGCUUCCCCGGUCCUGCCGGACCGCUGGGGCCGGCGGGCGACAAGGGUGACCGCGGCUUCCCCGGUCCGCGCGGCCUGCCCGGCCUGGAUGGUCUGCCGGGCCAGAAGGGCGAGGUGGGACCAGUGGGACCAGAGGGCCUGCCAGGCUUCGGCGUCAAGGGCGAAAAGGGCCUGCCCGGACAACCCGGCAACAACGGACGGCCCGGCCCCGAGGGCCCGUCGGGCCCCAAGGGCGACAAAGGCUUCGUGGGCCUGCCGGGCCUGCGCGGCCUGCCCGGCCAGCCUGGACCAGUGGGACCGCAGGGCGAGAAGGGUGACUCGGGCCUGCCCGGUCUGCCCGGCCAGGACGGCGAGGACGGCCGGCCCGGCCAGACCGGCUUCCCUGGCCCGUCCGGCUUGCCCGGCCUGAAGGGAGACCGCGGCCUGCCCGGCACGCCCGGCGCGUCAGGACUCAAGGGCGCCAUCGGACCGCCAGGAACCAACGGCCAGGACGGCCGGCCCGGACAGCCUGGCGAUAAGGGCGACUCGGGCCUGCCCGGUCUGCCCGGCCAGCCCGGCUCUCCCGGUCUGCGGGGCGACGACGGCCUGCCGGGUCCGGCCGGUCCCGUCGGCCCGCCGGGUCUCGACGGCCUGAAGGGCGAGCCGGCCCGCGACGGACUGCCCGGCCAGAAGGGAGAGAUGGGCCUGCGUGGUCUGCCCGGCCGCGACGGCCCGCCCGGCCUGCCUGGCCAGGACGGCCCCGCCGGCCUGCCUGGUCAGAAGGGCGAGUUGGGCCGGCCCGGACUGGACGGCCUGCCCGGACUGCCCGGACCGCAGGGACAGAAGGGAAAUCCAGGAAUGGAGGGACUUAGAGGAUUUGAGGGCAACCCAGGCCCGCAGGGCGUCAAGGGCGCCAUGGGCCGCCCGUGUACGGCGGCGCCCGACUACCUGACCGGUAUCCUGCUGGUGCGGCACAGCCAGACGGCAAGUGUGCCGCAGUGUGAGGCGGGUCACACUGAGCUCUGGCAGGGCUAUUCGCUCCUCUACAUCGAGGGCAACGAGAAGGCUCACCACCAGGACCUGGGCUUCGCCGGCUCCUGCGUGCGCCGCUUCAGCACCAUGCCCUUCAUGUUCUGCGACAUGAACAACGUCUGCAACUACGCCAGCCGCAACGACAAGUCCUACUGGCUGUCGACCAACGCGCCCAUCCCGAUGAUGCCUGUGGCGGACACCGCCAUUCGUCAGUACAUCUCCAGAUGCGUGGUCUGCGAGGCGCCGGCGAACGUGAUCGCCGUACACAGCCAGUCGCUCAACAUUCCCGAGUGUCCGUUCGGCUGGAGCGGCCUCUGGAUCGGAUUCUCGUUCGCCAUGCACACGGCGGCCGGCGCCGAGGGUGGCGGCCAGUCGCUCUCCUCGCCCGGCUCCUGUCUGGAGGACUUCCGCGCCACACCCUUCAUCGAGUGCAACGGCGCGCGCGGAACGUGCCACUACUUCGCCAACAAAUUCUCCUUCUGGCUGGCCACCAUCAACGACCCGGACCAGUUCAACCGGCCGCGCAGCGAAACCCUGAAGUCGGGCAACUUGCGCUCGCGUGUGUCGCGCUGCCAGGUCUGCAUCAAGAUCACGUAGAUCUUUUUGUGAUAUUUUCUAGUGAAUGUGGUCUUGAUGUGGGCUUGUACAAAGCAGUGCUUGUCCGGGCCGCGCCGGUGCGCGCGCCGCCGCUGGAACGCUGAACCAUGGUGCUACUUGUCAAGUCUCGCGGGUCGCGGCGCCACGGCGCUCGUCGGGGAGCCAUCACUGCCAGUCUGACGUGGAAUGUCGCGCGCGCGGCCCGGCGGCGCGCCGGCCCGGCCGCAGCACGGCCGAGGGCGCUACCGGGCCGGGCCGCCGCCGCCGCGAGACGCCACCGUCGCCGGGCGUCGAGCGAUCCGCCCAACCUCGAGCGACGCACAGACGCGCUUGGUUCGGGCCGCGCCGUCUCCGGCAUUCGACGUAGACACGAGCUUAUGUAUCUGUUCAACACUGCCAGUUCUGAAAUCACGUAAAUUUUGAACGCUUAGAGGACCCCGGGGUCCUUAUAGAAGUACUGCCAAGUGCCAGCGAGAUUCGGAAUGUACCGCGACUUAGACUAAUCCUGAGAGGGCGCAGGGAGACGACUGUCGCGUAACUGUUGCGUAUUAGGCGAGAGUGGCGACUGAUGGUUGGACCUGCGCGUCAACCAGAUCUGUCGAGAGCUUUUAUCAUUCAGAUCAAUAAAAGAGGCCCAAAUUCCA